AUGCCAACACAAAAAGGUCGAUUGCGAUCUUUUUUCAAGUUCAUUUUCGAAAAACACAAACACAACAUCCUCCUAGUAUCAUCGAUAUUUCUCAUUUUAAACAAUGAAAAAACACCAUCUAUUGUAUUAUCACAAACUUUACCUAUUGAUGAAUUAAACUCUGCAAUCUUUUUAAUUAAUCAAUAUGGAUAUCAAAUUCCUCAAAAUGAUUCACUUUGUAACUUUGACAUUUCAUCAAACAAAGUCUUUCGUUGUAGUUCUAAAUCUGGUCAAUGGCAUAUAGAUCAAAUAUAUUCUGAAUACACUAUUUAUACAAAUGUUGGAAUACCAGAUCACACUUUGAAAUCAUUGACAUUUCCAGCUUUGAAUUUAUUUCAGCUUUGGGGAACCUCUGCUACAAAUCUUUCAAUCAAUCUAUUAGAUCUUUUUAUGGAAUCGUCUUAUCCCUUGCUCAAUACCUUUACAGUAACAAAUUGCAGAGUAUUUAGAAUCCCAGACAAUUUUGCAGCCAAUAUGCCAGUGGUGCAAAACCUACAACUCAGACUCCCAGAUGUGACCACCUUUGGAAGUUUCUUUCCAACACCAAAUCUUGGACUUGUCAUUGUAACUGGCAACUUUACCAAGGCACCUUUAAUGGGUUCAAUGAUCUAUCCAAAAUUAGACGGCCUAAUGUUUACAUACAACCCAAUAAGUGAUACAAUCAACCUACCAAAGAGUCAAUUUCCUUUAUUACGUGUUUUGGAAAUAUCAAUUACAACCGGAUCUCAAUUGGAUAUUUUUACUGAUACUCCCAUCUCUGUUGUGGGAUGUAUGGGUACUCCAAGAGAAACAUCAAAUAUAGGUUGUAGUAUGCAUUUAACAGAUAUAAGUAAAGUUCGACAAAUAGUUUCACAUGGAAAAUUUUCUACAUUUUCGCCCAUGAUUGAUUCAACUUUUAAAGUAUUGGAAGUUUUAAUUUUUGCUUUUGGAUCUAGAACAACUUAUCCAUUCCCACUAGACUCUAUUCCUCCCAUAGUAACUUUAAUUUCAAUGGAAGGUAAUCAAAUGACAUCAAUUCCACAAGUUCAAUUACCUUCAACAGUCAAAGAUUUCUCCCUCCAUGGCAAUCCUAUUGUAGGACCAAUAGAUUUUGAUUAUCUUUUUGAAAAUAAUACAAAUAUGGCAUUAAGAGUCAAUAGUAAUCAGGUUACUGGAACUGUUCCUGACAGUUUUUGUGACAAUAGAUUAAAUAUAUAUGGGACUUUAAUUACUGCUAUACCAGAUUGCUUUUGGUGUUAUUAUGGAGAUCAAAAUAUUUUAUCAACUUCGAUUCCUAAACCAGUAAAUUUUGUUUGUAAACCAGCAUUUGAUUCAACAUUACUUGUUACAAGAAAUGGAAAGGUAACAGGUACAGGUAGACUAUUAGGAUGGGGUUUUCUUCCAAACAUUAAAGCUAUCAUUCCCAAUCGUCAAAUGGAGAUAACGUAUCCUAAUUAUGUAUUACUUGAACCACCAAAAACGGUGUCAUUUAGUUUAAGCUCAGUUGUUUCAGUGCAAACUGAUAUCGUUGAAGCAGGUGUAUAUAUCAGUGAUGUUAAAUUUGUGCAACAGGCCACUACUAUUCAGGUCAUUGUCGGCAUGUACAACUAUAAUCCCUAUUUUGCCCCAUCUGCCAAACUCGAACAAGUUGAUUAUCUCUAUUCAACAUGCAACAAAACAAUGAUCACCUUUUCAGUUCCACCAAUGCCAAGCGGUGUAUAUUAUGCUUUUAUCGCCAAUCAGUAUUUCAAUGCCUCCCUACCACGAUCCUAUAGCCAAACCUAUCCAACCGUUACCAACAUUUCAAAAUUGUCGGCUCCUGGAAUCAAUAUAACCAUCUUUGGUAAAACUGGAGGUUUUGCAAACUCUGUCAUUCAAGUAACAUUUAACAAUGGAACUUUGAGUGAAACCGAUUGUCAAGUAAUAGAUUAUACAUCAACCUAUAUUAUUUGUUCAACUCCAUUUGGUCAACCAGGUGUUUAUGGAAAUACAAGCGUUAGAGUAAAUGUUAAUGGUUUCUUUACAUUCUCUAGUGUCGUACUUAAAAGUAUUCAAAGUUAUUGUCAAGAAACUACAAAUUAUUGUCAUGGUAAUGGUGAUUGCAAUGAAAGUGGAAUUUGUCUUUGUAAACAAUCAAAUUUUUAUGAUUCUUGUUCAAAAAGUUAUCCAACACUUAGUUCAGGACAAUAUGAUUCAAAUGAUUUAACAAUGGUUUCACUUUAUGGUGAUUUUGGACCUUUACCAACUCUGACCAAUGUUUCAAUCAAAUUGAAUAAUUCAAUUUCAUGUACACCAACCAUUGUUUCACAAUCAAGUAUUAAUUGUACACUGUCAAGUAUUGCACCAUUUGGAUUAUCAUCUGCUCAAGUUAGUGUUGAUGAUUUUAAUACCUCUUCUCCAAAUAUACUUGUAAAUAUGAAUAGUGGUAAUAGUACAACUCCAAGUAGUAGUAGUGAUGAAAAUCAUACAGGAGAAUCAGCUCAACAAAAAUGUUCAAGAUUAACAUUUAAUUGUUUUGGUAAUGGUAUUUGUGAUACGAAUGGAAUCUGUGUUUGUAAUCAAAAUUAUAAUCCAAUUGAUCAUUGUUUUACUAAAUUUAUAAAUACAACGAUUAUAGCAAAUUCAACAUCACCAACAGUAUCAUUUGAUGUUGAUGGAUUAGAUUUCCAAUUUGAAUUUAAAUCAAUUCAAGAAUUGGAUUUGGAUAAUAAUGUUUUGAAUUUAUUAAAUAUUGAUGAUUAUUCUUGGAAUGUAAAUGUAUCAAUCAAUGAUAUUAUUACAACUGCAGUUUAUCAAUUAAAUACUACCAAUACAACCAAUAGUAAUAAUUCAACAAGUCAAUUUAAUCCAUUCCAAUCACUUCAAGUAACAUCAACCAUUUCAUUUUCAUCGCAAGAAAGAGUGAUUCCAUUUGGUGAUCAAAGUCUUGUAAUCAAUCCAAACUCUAUUAAAUUGGCAAUCAAUGUUAGUGGAUGGCAAUAUAGUUCAAAUGUAGCAACACUCAGAUUAAUAUUCACAUCAGUGGUAAAUCAAAAUCAAUCAAUUGAAUUUAACUGUGAAAAGACUGAAAUUGGUACACUCUCUUUUGAUUCAUUGUCAAAUCUUCAAUACCUAAGAGUUGUAAAAGAUAAUAUUCAAUUUAAUGGUAGAUUUAUUGAUUAUGCCAUUUCAGAUGGAAGAGUUGUUUAUUCUCAAACUGAAUUGGUAUCAUUUACUCCAAUAGAUGAUAAAGAUAAUGAUAAUGAUGGUCAAUCAAUUGCAACGAUUGGAAUAAGAUUGCCUCAAUGCCAAGAAUGUUUAUUGGAUCCUGAUUUUACACCACUUUUAAUUGAUAAAAGUAAUGAUCAAGGAUGUGGUGAAUCAUCAUCAAAAGCAUGGAAAAUAGCUGUUGGUGUUGUGGUUGGAGCUGGUGCUGCUAUUGCCAUUGCUUCUGCUGCUCUCAUUUUUCAUCGAAAGAAACUCCGAGCUGGAAUAUAUCAGUCAAAAUUGGAUAGAGCCAGUACUUCUAUGCGAUCAAUGGGUUAA